AGCGUCAGUAGUGUGCUCCUCAAAAUGAAAAGCACAGCUUACUAAUUUACAUCCAAUACAACAGGAAGUGCGAACUGGACACUUGAGUUACUAAUUAUGUUAUUUGUAAUAUCGGAUUUGCCAGUUAUUUGUAUCAACAAUUUAUUUUACAGUGAAUUCAGUUGAAUUUGGACGUUACAUUCUUCCCUAAGGCGACCUUAUCGAUACUAAUAACAUAAAUGUUGCCCUUUAAGAAAACCAUUCCUCCAUGCCCCUCCUUGUAAGGGCAUGUUUACUUUUCUUUGCCGAUAUGUUUUCUUCCUUGUUCCAUGACAUAUUAACUCUCCUUUAAUUUGGAAACCUAAGUGGAGCAGAACUUUUGCCAAAGUCAACAGCAAAAGAUUAAAAAUAGCUGGCUAUCCAAUCUGACGGCUUGACGGCAUUAGCAGGAGCAUCAAAAUAAAGAAUAAGAGCUCCAACGUUCCGGAUUUGUGUGAUUUGCUACUGCGCCGACGCCCACCUUUCCACACACUGAAGGAACCUAACCGCCGGCCGUACGCGCCUGUUUUGACCCGUGCGUAUCAAGAACCCGCAUAGCGGACCAAGCCGUGUUUUGCCAUGGCUCUGUUGACGCUGCACCGGUCCCCUUCCGUCUCCACCGCUCCGGAUGAAAGCAUCCCAAGAAGAGGGAGACUUCAAAAAAGAGAGAGCUUUGCUGUGGUCAAGGGGGCUGUCCUUCUCCUGGAAGAAGGAGAGCGGGAGGGGCCUGCUGAAGAGACGUUCCCCAGCCACACCCCUUCACCCCUGAAGCUGGGAGGCGGAGCUUCCGAAACACAGCACAGACACCUGCAAGCCAUGGUGUCACUGUUACGUCCAGAGGACACUAUCAAACUGGCGGUGAGGUUGGAGUCAGUCAGUUCUGUCAGAGUUCGGUACCUGAUCGUGGUCUCCACCCUCCAUAACAAACAGGAGAGCCUCCUUCUGGGCAUGGACUUCCCGGAAGCAGAAAGUGACCAGUGUACUAUUGGUCUGGUUCUGCCGAUUUGGAGUGCCACACAAGUCUAUCUGGAUGGAGACGGUGGGUUUAGUGUCACAACAGCAGAAGAGACGAGAAUCUUCAAACCUGUUUCCAUCCAGACGAUGUGGUCAGUCCUGCAGGCGCUGCAUGGCUGCUGUGAGCGGGCCCUCAGAGGAGUGGUGAUCCCAGGCUCUGGGCUGGACUGGGCCCAGCACUACUACAACCACGUGGAGUCAGACCGGCUCUGUCUCAACGAAUGGGGAGCCAUGACUGGCCUGGAGUCUGUCAGGAGGGACAGCAGUGGACAGAGCUCAAAAGAGAGGGUGUCUGUGGAGAGGCAGAUCAAAGAGGAGCUCCGAGACAUCAUGAGAACAGAGGACCUGGAGAACAUUACGUCCAAACAGGUCCGUAGUGCCUUAGAGACCAGGCUGGGCAUGGACAUGAAAAACUACAAGGAGUACAUCGAUAACGAGAUGAUGGUCACCAUGGCACAGAUGGACAAACCCUCCAAAAUAUUUGACUACCUGUUUCUGGGGUCCGAGUGGAAUGCCGCCAACUUUGAGGAACUCCAGAAAAACAAUGUUGGCUACAUCCUGAAUGUGACACGAGAGAUCGACAACUUCUUCCCAGAAUCCUUCAGCUACAUGAACAUCCGGGUCUACGAUGUGGAGGCCACAGACCUGCUGAGUCACUGGAAAGACACGUACAACUUCAUCAAUACAGCCAGGCUGAGGGGGCAGUCGGUAUUGGUGCACUGUAAGAUGGGCGUGUCCCGCUCUGCAUCCACUGUGGUGGCGUACGUCAUGAAGCAUGCCCACUGGCCUCUGGAGGUGGCGCUGGCCUACGUCAAGGACCGCCGGCCCAUUGUGCAGCCCAACGACGGCUUCAUGAAGCAGCUGCAGACCUACAGCGGCAUCCUCAACGCCAGUCAGCAGCGCCACAGUGCUCUCUGGAGAAGGAAGUCCCGGGAGCAGAGGAAGAUCGAGAGGCAGUUGUCUGCCGCUUCUCACAGCAAUGAGGAGGACGACAGCGACGAGGAGGAGGAGGAGGAGGAGGAAGAAAUGGAAAGUCCCGAUGAAGUUGAUCUUGAUGAGGCUGAUAAAGAGGUAUUUGAAGAACCUGUUUCGUCUGAGGCUGAACCAGCCACUCUACCCACGGACUUGGAAGCCCCACCCACGGACUUGGAAGCCCCACCCACGGACUUGGAAGCCCCACCCACGGACUUGGAAGCCCCACCCACGGACUUGGAAGCCCCACCCACGGACUUGGUUUCCCCACCCACGGACUUGGUUUCCCCACCCACGGACUUGGUUUCCCCACCCACGGACUUGGUUUCCCCACCCACGGACUUGGUUUCCCCGCCCACGGACUUGGUUUCCCCGCCCACAGAAUCGGCUGCACAUAAUCCCCUCAUUACUGUACACGAUGCUGACAAGGCGCCCUGUCUGAGCCCAAAUCGCAGUGGCCGGAUGAAUCUCUUCUCUCUCAUGCAGUCCAUCAGCGAACUGGAUGAUGAGGACCUAAGGAAUGAACAGAUUGCCAACAGUCACCGGAGAUCUCCAGGGCAACGGAGGCGGAGUCAUGGACGGAAGGGACUCAUGCAUCAGAGGGCUCAUGUGGACGUUUCACCUGAGCCAGGCAGCCUAUCAGAUCCCAGAAAAUCAGAAGGGGUGGAGCCAAGCAAGCUGGAGACCGCGGAUGCCAAGAUGAUGGAGGGUUGGUAAGAGGGAUAGAGGGAGACCCUGAGGGAAGGGUGAAGAAUGGCUGAAGGAAAAGAGGAGACACUAAUAUGAAAUAAACACGUUCCGCCCUCUUUCGAACUGUUCAAAAUCAAGAACGAUCUAAACAUAUUUAUGUACAUUUGACUACUUAGGCUCCAACAUUAAUUGCAUUAUAUAACAGAUUUUUUUUAAGCAUCUUAGCUUUUGCACAGUUUUUUGGUUAAUAAUAUAAAUUGUUUUACUUUGGUCUGUCUUAUUGUACUACAGAUGAUGAAACUAACACUGUAAAAGUGUUCCUGAAAGUAUCUGCUUGAAGAUAUUAUCCACGCAGGACCAAUGGUUAUUUCUGUCUCUUUUGUUACUCUAGUAGUGUAUAGUUCAUAAUUGUCCUUGUAAAAUUAUGAUAUUGGUAUAAAACAAACUGCUUUGGUUUUAAUGUUUCACAAAUUUCACAAAACCAAAUUUUAAAAAUGAUGGAUCGUUGUCUUUAUAUCACUGCAGUAUUAUGACACCACGCCCAUCUGUGUGACCAAAAGCCUUCUGGGUACAUCUGGAUCGAUCCAGGGGCUGGAACCAAAAUCCUUUUUCAAUACUUUGGAACAGAACCUCUUAUUUAUUUAUUUUGUUCUGUUCCAGCGUUAUGACCAGAAUAAUGUUCAAAACUGAUUUUAAUCAAAACAAACUUAAUUAUUCAAAAUGUUUUUACAGGUGUAGGAGUGAAUUAUGACUAAAAAUGAAGGAUGUUAGAGGAGUACACAUGAUGGGGGCUUGGCGUGAAGCACUGAACAUCAUGACAUAUGUGAACUGGAAUAUGUUGACUGGCAUCCUAACUUCACUGGAUUACUCUAUUACAUAUUUUUAUGAUUAGAACAUAUUGGUUCCAUUCCAGAACAUCUGUCACUUAUUUAUUUUUUUUGUUCUGCUCCCUGAACCAGAUCCAUAAACACUGCUAGAGAUCAUUUAAUGUAUCACAAGAUGGACUGUAUGUUCAUUUCUUCUGACCUUUGCCCUCUCUCUAUCUCCCCUCACAGCCUCUACAGUUGAAUGAUAUCUAUGCAAUAAUUCCUUUUAAUGUCUUUCUCUGUGAAUCUGAGGCUGUGUGUUGCCAGUUUGGGUUGUUAUUUUAUGGGUUUUAAGUGCUCUUUUCUGUUUAAAUGCACAAACAGUAAGUCAGAUCUUUGUAGAGUUUAUGAUAAUUGCAAGCUGGUACAUGCUGGCUCAAUGAUCAAAACUUGAAUUUUCUCUUUGAAACGUUUUUUAAAUUUUAAAAGCAAGUUAUUCAAAAGUAUUUUGAGUGACGGUUUUAUUUUCUAAGCUGUGUUAUUAUUCUGGAGCAAUCCAAAGGUAUGCCAAUGUUUUCCUCUGUGCCAAAUAAUCUGUCUGAGUUCAUCUCAAGGGCGUAUUUAAUGAGGAUUUCUAAGGAACCCCUUUCUACCUUUUAGAUCUGUAAUGUAAAAAGGUUAAGCUGUUUGAUAUUUACAUUUCUUUAAAUAUUUAAGAUUGUCAUUCGACAACUAGCCUUGCUGUACGAGUGCCUUGGUCAUGAGACCAAAAUGUCCAAGUUAUUUUCUGAAAACACAGAACCUGAUUUUGAGUAUUUACAUUGUCUACAAUUUAUUGGUGUCCCUCUGAGGUGCAGUUUUUUUUCUAUUGAUUUAAAGGUGUAAUUAUUUAGUGUUGUUCCACGCUUGACUGGGAGACAGGUAUUAUGUAGCUACUUGCGUUGAAUAGGUUCCUCUAUGUGCAUGUACUUGAUUAUUACCUGAGUGCAUCUUAUCCAUGUUAUGUUGUCCUGCACGUUUCUGCAUGCUGUCUGGGUACGCUCGUUUUUGUGUGCGUGUGUGUUAUUUUGGAGGAUUGAGGCAUUUUCUGCAGUAUGGAAAAGGUUUUUGAACUGUCCUCAGUCGACUAUGGAUUGUCUUCAUGCUGCCUUCCUCAUCAAUCCAUUGGUUUUUUAACGUGUCAUCAGCUGGCCAAGAUUUUUGUAUUGACCCAUAAACCAUUAUAGAAGACAUUUCCAUAACAUUAUGACACUGCCUGAGUCAACCUCUGCUCACUAUGAUCAAUGUUAUUAAUGAUCUCAGCCCAUUGAUCUGGCCUGAGCCCCGACCUGCUGUAGUACGAUCAAAUCGAUCAAUGGCCUGAGUUGGUCAUCUGUGAAGUAUGAUGUUUCCCUCAAUGCAUUAUCCUUUGUUCUGGUCUAGUGUCAUCUGCUGUACUGUUUCCAACACAUUUGUUUACAGCUAUACUGUGAGUGAAUGAAUAAAUGAUAAAUGAAACCAU